ACUUUCGUAAUCAAUAUCAUAGCAAUCAAACAAAUCACAGCAGCAUCAGGAACUAUUUACCUUCCUCCAAUUAACAAUAUUACCAAAGAGUGGAUAUGGUGGAGAACUUGUUCUAAAAUAAAUACAUCAUAUUUAAGCUUCAAUAUUAGCCUCGUAAAUUCAUCGGCACCCGUGUCUUCAGAGAACUUUUAUGAUUAUAUAACAAUUACGAAUGCGACUUUAAAUAGCUAUAUUGCUGGCAUGGGAAUAAUGAGAUCCAAUGCCUAUAAUAAAACUGAUUCUUACUUCUAUUGUAACGGAGAUGUUGCUUCUCAAUGCAGUUCAUUAUACUCAGAAAAUCCCAUACCAAAUCAAUUAUGGUGCCUUAAUAUAGCUAAUUUUUGGAAUGAUCCGCUAAGGGCUCAUAUUGACAUUUCAUUUGCUCUUGAUGGAGGAAAUUCCAAUAAUGUAACUGAUAUCAAAUAUAAUUCUCCCAUAAGCAGAAGUUGCAGAACUAUUAAUAUGAAUGUUGGAU